AGCAGACGAUCUCCGUCCAGCGUCCAGAGAGGCUGGUCCGCCCCUCGCCUCCCACCUGCCAGGGGUCACCCACCUGCCAGGGGUCACCCACCUGCCAGGGGUUACUCACUUGCUUAGGGUCAACUACCUCCCCCAGCCCUCGAGUCACCUGACAGGGGGUUAUCCACUUCUCAGGAGUGACCCACCUACCUAAGGCUUGCCUAACAGCUAAGGGUCAUCUACCUCCCUCAUUCGUAGUCACCUGACGGGGGAUUAUCUCUCUCUCAGGAGUCACCCACUAGCCUAGUGUCAGCUAGCUCUCUCGUCCCCAGAUCCAUCUGCUAAAGGUCACCCCCACCUAUUAGGGGAAGCUUUUCUGCAAGGGACCAAUUAGUGCUUGUCGCACGCUGUCACAUAUAUAUCCAAGGAUUAGUGAUGGGUUGACUACUUUUGACAAGCAGAUCUAAGAUGUGUUCAGCAGGAGGGAACAGUAAUACUGGAGGAGGAGGAGGAGGAGGGGGAGACAAAGGAAAUGGAGGAGGAGUAGGGUCUGGAGCAGGGGAGGGAGGAAGCGGACAAAGCCUGGGACCGGAAGAGUACACAAAACUGGCGUGUGAUGGAAUUCAGCUAAUGCUCAACAACAGAUUCACCGAGGCAGAGGAACUCUUUCGCCAUCACACUCAGGAUAAUCUCCACAUGGCAAUGGGUUACUGCUACCUCACCUUUAUGAAUGCCGUCAUGUCAUUUGAAGAGGAGAAAGUAACCCACAGCAUGGAAACACUGCGCAGCAUGGAGAGGAGGUGUGGUGGGGGAGAGAAUGGAUGGUUUUCAUCUGUUAAAAGUAUUGUAAUGGGUUCUAGGAAUGGGCAAGAACAGGGAGAAGAGCCUGGCUCACAGCUUGAGCAUCAGGUGAUUCUUGCUGACUGUCAGGUCCUUCUGGCCAUCCUCACUUUCCUUCAGCAAGAGAUUGGUUCCUACGUCAAGGGCGGCUGGGUUUUACGCAAGGCUUGGAAAGUCUACGAGCAUGCUUAUACCAAGGUCAAGAGAUUGUACAAACAGACUUUUGGUGAAGCUCAAGAUGUUCCUAUGAGCCCUACGGAAGAAUACCCGGACUCUCUCGACACCAGCACUGAUGAGCUUAAGAGUCCUGGGUCAUGGUCAGUUGGCCCCACGGGGGUACCUGGACCAGCUGAUGGAGAAUCAAGUCUCCACUCUGCCCCAUCUUCUUCUUCGACCUCAACACUAAGCCUGCGCAUUCCUCUCUCCAAGUCUGUACCCAACCUAAAGGGAUUCCUCUACUCAAACAACAAGCAACAGCCUAAGAACAGGCCUUUACCUCCUGGUAUGGUGUCUCGGCUGAUGGCGUCUGUUAGUUUUGGGUACGGCUUGUUCCAGUUGUGUAUGUCCCUCCUACCACCAUCUUUGCUGCGAUUAGUGCAUGUCCUUGGACUACAGGGAGAUAGAUUGGCUGGUCUCUCUGCUCUUAUGUUUGCCCGCAAAUCACAUGACAUGAGGGCUCCACUAGCAACCUUGACCCUGUUGUGGUAUCACACAAUUGUCCGGCCAUUCUUUGCCCUGGAUGGUAGCAAGGUAAAGGCGGGAGUUGAGGCUGCUCACAUUCUACUGCAGGAGGCCCAGCAAAACUAUGCACAGUCAGCUCUCUUCCUCUUCUUCCGCGGUAGAGUCCAUAGACUUCAGGGCGACAUCAGCGGGGCCUUGACAUCUUACCGCGGGGCUCUGCAAGUGUCGCCUCAGAGAGAGCUGCAGCUCCUGGCCCUGCACGAGGUGGCCUGGUGCCACCUCCUACAGUUGAACUGGAGCCACGCUCAAGGUGCCUUUGCUAACCUGAAGAAGGAGUCCAGAUGGUCCAAAAGCUUCUAUGCUUAUUUAUCUGCUGUAUGUCUUGGGGCGUCUGGACGACUAGAGGAGUGUGCAAAGGGGAUGAUGGAAGUUCCAACUCUUGUCCGUCGUUCCAGUCAUGCGCUGGAAUCUUUUUUGAUGCGACGUGCACUCAAGUCUAAGGGCGUGGCUGUAACCAAGGACUACUGUCUCCUACGUGCCUAUGAACUACUCUAUAUGUGGAAUGCUCUCGCCUCAUGUUCCUUACAGCAUCGACUGCAGAUGGUCGAAGAGUGUCAGGCAAUGGGGCAAUGUGGAGAUCACGAGGGACUCCGACAUUUGAUCGUGGCGGCUAUCCUCGACACUCUGGGCUCUGCAGAUGAUGCCGUCGAACACUUUCGCCUUAGCGUGCAGCAUGGCCUCUCAAACCCAGAGGAACUAUGUGUUCCAGCCUUUGCACUGUAUGAGUUAGGUCUUCUCCUAGGCACUAGUGACGAGACAUUAGAAGAAGGAAGGAAAUGUCUGGAGGAUGUACGAGACAACUACCACGGGUAUGACUUUGAAAACCGCCUUAAUGUACGAAUUCACGCAGCUCUGAAAAACUUAUCUUAGGGUACUAUCUUCCUGCACCUGUGACCUGUGUUCAGAAUUACUCAGCUACGUUCAAGAAAGUUGUGCGGCUAUUUUCUUGACUGUUUUGUACUAGAGGUUUGCUAUAUUACCCCAAAAAAUUAUUUGUGGCUAAUUCUGUAGGUGUGUUUGAUAAAAAUGUUAAUGUAAGCAGGUUUUAUAUUGAGUUUAAAAGUCCAAAUUAGAAUAUUUAAAGUUAUAUUUGAUAUAAUUUGUGUUGUGACGUGUCACAUUUGAUCUCAGAAACUUUGAUGUGUGAACGUUAUGGUUAUAAUGAAUGAAAGUUUAAGAAAAUAUCAUUUUAGGUAAAAGGAAAUUCAUUGUAAGCCAUAUUGGCAAGAAUAUUGUAUGUUUAUUUGCCGAGCAAGUAAACUUGUGAUUAUUAAAGUUAUUUGGCAGUUUUCAGAGCAGUUAAAUUUAUUUAUAUAUAUAGAUGAUCUGUAAUCAUAAAUGACACACACACACACAUACAAGUGCAUACAUGCAAGCACAAAAACACACUUGCACUAAAUAUACAUGCAUGCAUGUAUAAAUACUCAUCGUCUCACGCACACACACACACACACACACACACACACACACACACACACACACACACACACACACACACACACACACAUGAAGCAUGGAAACAGCUCGAUGGAUUCAUUCCAGUCUCUCUGGUCUUAGGAAUUCAGUUACGCUGGAAGUUUGCCAUUUUAUACAAAAUAUUAUUACAGUGUUUUUGUUAUUGCAAACAAUAUAUAGUAACAUACUGUAUUUCAUAUUGAUACCAAAAUCACUUUUAAAAAUUGUUUAAACACUGUACUGUACUGUAGUUGGUUUUUGUUACAUUUUCGACUCUCAAUUCAUGUCGAGAGAGUGCAAAGGCAAUUUUUACUGGGACACUUCCAUUAUUUUCCGCUGUAAUCAAUUACAGUAUAAUAAACACACUACUAAAAUGUUUAUACGUGAUGAGUAAAAUCUCCACAAGCCACUAUAUUUUAAUGCAGAGAAUACAAAGACAGCUAAUUGUAGCUAAUAGCAUGAGUAAUAUUUUUUGUAUUAAAAGUUUAAUAAUGUGAUGAUUUAAAUAAAAUAUAAUAAAUUAUA